AUGAGUUCGCCGACGUCGAAGCGCUUGCGUUUGUCGUCAUCGAGGACUUCUCUCUCUGGGAGAAGAGGCGUUCAGGGCGGGCAGUCCGCGCUUCCACGCCCAAAUUCAGCGUCUAGCACAAGCAGGCUCACGAGUACACAACCUGCCUUCGAUUUUAUUACCGGCGGAGCAGUCGAAAACGCCACACAACCACUGAGGCAAUCAAGAAUACGUCAGCCCUCAGUUUCCAGGCCCGACUCCGCACAGGAUGAGAAUUUACGUGCCAAAAUCAAUUCUCUGGAAUAUGAGCUCAAGAACCUGCAGCAAGAACGGGGGCUCCUGGCCCUGCAACAUGACAAAGAGCUUCGCGAACAGCAAGCUAGGGCUGAGGCGGACUUCAAAAAAUAUCAGGCUGCCGAGGGUGCAGCGCAGAAAGCGACUCGGCGGCAAGAAGCUAUAGCUAAAGAACUACGCGAGGCCCAAGACCAAAGGAUCAACGAGAAGGCAGUUUUGGAGCGGAAGUUGCGGGAUCUGCAAGGACAAAAUUCAUCGCUGAAAGAAGAUGCCGAGGACGCCCAAGCGCGACUGGCUGACCAGGAACGACACUUCAAAUACCAAAUCGAUGAUGUUGACGCAAAACGCGCAGCGCUUCAAGAAACUCUCGACAGCGUGAGAAAGGAGCUUGACGAGUUAGCCCAAAAUUUCGAAUCAUCGCAAACUCGUCUAUCUCAACGGGACGCGCAAGUCGACCGCUUGGAAGCCGAGGUGGCCGCUUUGAAGUCCCAUUCCUCGGACAGCGAGGCUUUAAAUGUUUUACAAACUCAGCUUUCCGAGCAGAUUGCACAUAUUCGGAGACUCGAAGCAACGAAUAGAGAACAGUCGGGUGAACUUCGAAGGUUGCGAGACGAACACCGCAGUGUUCAAGUAGUGGAAGAACAGAAACAUGGGUUGGAAAUUGAACUUCAAUUGCUAAAGGAUGUUCAGAGACAGCUCGGAGAAGCCCAGAUACAAAAAGAAAUACUCGAGGACGAGAAACGGACAUGGACAACGCUUUUGGAACGCGACGGCCAAGAGAGCGAAUUUGAGUCUCCCGAAGCCGUGGUCAAAGCUCUGAUCCAGCAACGGAUUGGAUAUGCGUCGGUCAUGGACCGACUGGGCACGGUGGAAACCGAGCUGACGGAAAAAGACGAGAUCAUCAAAGCCCUAGAUGGGGAAAAGUCAGCCUUCAAGGCUGAAUUGCAGAAGGUGAAAUCGGGUCAGACUGAGCAAGCCGAGACGGGUCAAGGCAGCAAAGCUUAUAAACGACUAGAGCGACAACGCGUCCUUGCCGUCAAGGAAGUUGAAUAUCUGCGUGCACAGCUCAAAACCUUCGAUACGGAAGAAACUGUCUUGAUGGAUAACCAGAACUUUGACACGCAACGAUCCGAACAGAUCAAGCAGUUGGAAAGCUUGGUGGAUCAAUACAAAGCUGAGGUGCAGACGCUCCACAGCGAUUUGUCGAAACUUGAAUCUGCGCCUCCGGCACAUCCGCAAGAUGAGUCCCGGGGCGCGAAACGACCGGCAGAAUCGCAGGAACCAGACGGAGGAGGCAACUCGCAGCUUGGUGCAUUAUUGCGGAAGAACAAGAAUCUUCAGAUUGCUUUGCAGAAAACUGCUCAGCAAUCGCAGAUGUUGGCUACCGAUCUGCAGGCCACCAAAGCACAAUUGAAAGCUUUGCGAGAAAGUUCCAAGACUCGUAUAUUGGAGCUCCGAGACAACCCUACAGCAAACGCCGAAGCCAUCAAGAUGUCGACAUUGCGGACGCUGAAGGAAGAAAAUGCUGAGCUGCUCCGACAAUUACGCGGAGAGGAUCUGCAGGGUGCCAAAACCGUGCCCGCCAGUACGGUGGACGCGCUGAAGUUGGAUCUAAGAGACAUGGAGAUGGUUGUUGCCGAGAAGGAGAAACGUAUGAGACGACAGCGAGAAAUUUGGACUCAGAAAGCGGCCGAAUUUCGUGAUGUGAUUGCCAGUGUCUUGGGUUACAAGGUCAACUUCCUGCCCAACGGUAAAGCCAAAGUGUCCAGCAUGUACUAUGGUCGCGCUCAUGAGGCAGAUGAAGACAGUGAUGAGGAGGAUGAGCAUUACAUUGUCUUUGACGGAGAUAACGGCACGAUGAAGAUCAGUGGAGGCUCAGACAGUGCCUUUGGGAGGGAGAUCAGAGAACUGGUCAAUUUCUGGGUGAAGGAGAAGAAGCAGAUCCCGUGCUUCCUAGCAGCGAUGACGCUGGAAUUUUAUGAGAAGUUCGGCAGCGGCGAGAAGCUAGAUGGGAAUUGA